GCAGCUGUCAAACACAGUAAAUCAUAGUGGAAUAAGAAGUAGGGCGAAAAUACCAUAUGAAAAUAUAAUGGAGUAAAAAUAGAAAGUAGCACUGGUGGAUAGAAAAUGUACUAUCCUCACUGUGUGUCCUGUUGUGUUGAGUGUCCGUGUGCGUGUGUGUGUGUGUGUGUGUGCAGUGUGUUAUCAUCUCUGCUGCAGUCUUCAGUCCAGGUGUGUGGGCUCCUGAGUGACGGGCUCGUGACUGAUGAGGUCACCGAUCACUUCAAACGGGAUGCCUCGGCUCGUGACGUGUGCGCGCGCUUCUGUGUGCGGCGGGACGGUGUGGAGCGGAGAGAGCAGCAGAGGAUGAGGAGGAGGUGAACCAACCGGAGACACACCGGGAGGACUACUGCUUCUCUCGCACAGACAGCGUCAUGCUCGGUCUACUGCGCCCCCUGCCGGCCGUUUGCCCGUACCUGCUGCUGCUGCUGCUGCUGCCCGGUGGACAGGGCAGGAUCCUCGGGUACAACAAUGGCUUUCACUACCAGGACAUCAGCAACGGCAACGGGAACGGAGAGAUCUAUUUCAAUGGGGUUCGUCUCCAUGUGGAGUCCCCCCAGCCUUCAGUGUCGGCCACGAGGGGGAGCAGUGUCACCCUUCCCUGUCACUUCCACUACGAGCCUGAGCUGGCCGCACCACGCAGGACUCGUGUCAAAUGGUCCUGGCUGCCUGCCAACACCAUCACUGCACCUGUUUCCCCUGAAGCCUUCGCCAGGGAAACUGAGGUUAUGGUCGCCAUGGGCAACCGUCACCGCAGCUACGGCAGCUUCCGGGGCCGCGUGCGUCUGAGGCGCUCAGCGCCAGGGGACAUGUCUCUAGUGAUCAAUGAGCUGCAACUCAAUGACACAGGAAGAUAUCGGUGUGAGGUGAUCGACGGCCUGGAGGAUGAGAGUGUGACGGUGGAGCUGGAGCUGCGGGGUGUGGUGUUCCCCUACUACUCUCAGAAAGGACGCUACCAUUUUAACUUCUUUGGGGCCCAUCAAGCAUGCCAGGAUCAGGACGCCACUCUGGCUACAUUUGAGCAGCUCUUUACAGCGUGGGAGGAGGGGCUAGACUGGUGUAAUGCCGGCUGGCUGGCUGAUGGCACUGUUCAGUAUCCAAUCACAGUGUCACGUGACGGCUGCGGGGGUGAAGACUUGGCCCCUGGUUUGCGGAACUAUGGACAACGACAUCGGAUCCUCCACCACUACGAUGCUUUCUGCUUCUCGGCCUCUGUAAAGGGGACUGUGUACUUCUUAAAGCAGUCGACCAAGCUCAGCUUCACUGAAGCGGUUCAGGCCUGUGCCAGUGAUGGAAGUCAAAUUGCCAAAGUGGGGCAGCUGUAUGCUGCAUGGAGGCUGAUGGGACUGGACCGCUGUGACGCAGGCUGGCUGGCCGAUGGAAGUGUCCGUUAUCCUAUCACAAAGCCCCGGGCUAACUGUGGCCCACUGCAACCAGGUGUGCGCAGUUUUGGGUUCCCCCCGCUGUCCCUGAAAUUUGGUGUCUACUGUUAUCGAUAGACUUUCUGACUCAGCACAAAGCAAAAACAAACAGUGAACUGGUUCAAAGCUUUGCUCAGGAGGGUAGCAUUAGCUGUAGUAUGGAUGGAAAUUAGCAGUCAGCCAGUUUGUUAAUUUCUCAGCUGUUUAAAGUGAUUUGGAUUAUUCACUGUCCGCCUCCAUGAGACCAACGUCUUAGUGUUAAACUUAACCACCAGUCAACAGCAAUUAAACUAUGCACAUCCAUCAAGCAAUACUACUUGCACGACUAAAUGCCUACACUACAUGGUCAAAAGUAUGUGGACACUGGAACGUCGUACCCAUAUGUUACUGCUGAACAUCUUAAAAAACCAUGGGCAUUAUUAUGCUGCUAUAAAACCUUGACUUUUGUGUGAAGCUGUAAACCACAUUUUUGAAACAGGAGAGAGUUUUCAUACUGUUGCCUUCAAAAUGGAAGCACACUGUCUGAAAUAUAUUUAUUUUGAUGUAGCAGAAAGGUUUCCAUUUGACCCGAUGACAAAAUCCUAACCAUAAAAACUGCCCCAGACAACAAGUACAGUAAAAUAUAUGGACGUGUCUACAUACUAUUGGCCAAAGAGUGUAGAAUAUUAGGUCGCAAUGUCAUCAUCAUUCUGAAGAAAAGUCAUCAUGCCAUGGUUAGUUCUUACAUUCAGUUAUUUAUGGUGUAAAUUUCGCUCAUAGAUAAUUCUGUUAACAGUUCUGAAAUUUGACUCAACAUUUUUGCAUUUGCUCCACUACCGGAACUGACUUUCAUUCACAGAUGAGACACUUCAAAACCAGGUGAGGUGUCCAGACUCAGAAAAAUCUCCCUAUUCAAGUUAUUUUAAUGCUCUCCAAUCAUAUCUCAGUCUUUUAUCUACCCAUCCAGAUCCAGUUGACUUUUCAAGCGGUGUCCCUUGGAACAGUAACAAACAUUUAAACAUUCGCUCUUGGCAGCUUCAUACUACAACCACAGACUUUUGGGCCUUUCCAAAGGGCGCCUUUAUGGUUGAUGGAGUGAAGAGAGUACUUCUUGUUAUUUUCCUGUCAGAUCUUCCCAGCUGGUCCACAGAUUUUCAUCUCUUGCUAAUUGUAGAUUAUUUCAAUUACAGUCUUCCUCUGCCUUUCCAGCAAUGUGAAAUAUACUGUGUAUCCACUUUUAUAAGCUAUGGUAUGUCUCUUUUUCAUUUUUAUAAAGAGUGAUUAAGAGUAGUGCUCUGUGCUGGAGAAAGCAAAAGUUCUGAGUGAUUCUUUGUAUUGUUCUAAUAUGUAACUACCUUGUUUACAUACAUUGUGGAAGAACAAACAGUGCAGCAUUACACCUGCGUACCUUUUUUGUUUUUCGUUACGUCUACACAUUUGUACUAUUUUCUACAAAUUAAUAAAAACACUGCUGUGAAUACAA